AUGAAUCUGGGAAGAAUUCGAAAAGAAAAAGACCCUAUUAAAUUAGAUGUCAAUGAUCGUCGAUUAAUCAAAUCAUUUUAUACAUUACCAUUAAAUGAAGAACAGAUUCGCUCAGCAAAACUAAUUUGGCAAGAAGAAACAGCUCGUGCUUAUGCUCAACGAGCCAUGCAGGGGAAGACAAACUUAGCUGAAAGUAGUGAACAAGAUUCACUUAUUAUGGAACAAUUAAUCAAGAUUAUUGAAGAACGUGAAUUAAAUAUGAUUAAACAUGCUGAACAAAUACAUGAUCGGCAAAUGAAAUCUUUUUCGUGGACUCCGACGAUAGGAGAGCAUGUAGAUUAUUUAGAUGUAAGAGUACAAGUAGAAACACCAGGUUUUAGAACUAGAGUGUAUAGAAAGUUAGCUGCGCAACCAUACAUCUUACCGUUCAACUCAGCACAUCCACCACAUGUUAUGAAGAAUAUACCAUUUUCGGCAUUGUUGAGAGCAGUUAGAAUUUAUUCGCAUAGUGAGAAUUUAGCAGAAGAGAUAGAAAAGGUUCGAGUUAUGUUAUUAUUGAAUAAAUAUCCGCCAGCUUUUAUAGAUAGACAUUUUAAGAGAUUUUUCGAGACAUUGACAAGAGAAAAAGAUUCGAAAUUAUUAUUAGGUAUACAGCAUAGCGAAUUUAGAGAGAAAGUAUUAGAGCCGGAAUGGAAUAAAAAAGAAAAGAAAGGAAUAGAUUUUAAUAAGGAUAUUUUAUUACAUUUUACAUAUACACCGAGUUUAGCACGUUUUGGAGCAAGAUUUCAUCAGAUAUGGCAAGAGAUAUUUGAAGACACGCCUCUUAGUGGUAUUCCAGUUAUUUUGGCACAUGGUUUAACAGAUAAUUUAAAGAGUAUUUUAGUACAUCAAAAACCAUCAAAAACAGCGAUCAAGGAUAUAAUAGAAACAGUAGAACAGUAA